GGCAAUACCUUGCAGACAAAAUGCUGAAACAGCCAGACAAGGACUUCAAACUGUCUCCCUUCCUGAGCUUUUCCCUUCGCUCUCUCCCCUCCUUUUUUGUUUCAAUAUUUAAUUGCAUUUGUUUCGGAAUUACUAGGCAACCCACCCCCAGAUGUGUAAUUUAAAAGUGAUGUGCUUGCAGUGAGAUUUUCAGGAUCUGCUCAGCAGAGCACCAUCAUGUGAUACUGGGAUAAGGUGGAGUUCGGCUUUAAGGGGGAGUCUCCAGCCUUCCUCACCAAUCUUUCGGAUCUCAGCUGGAGGAAUACCAGAGGAUCCUUCUCCUUUCCCUACUUCUCCGUCCAGCCUCCUGAGCCAGCCUCUGAGCACAUCAAAGACAGGCAGAGCAGUUGCAAGGCGGUGCGAGGGAGAUGCGACACCGAGGAGCGGGCUCGGCCGAGGGUCUCCUGACGGGCUGACGGGCGCGUUUGCAACUCCGGGAGCGGCUUGGAAGAAAGCGGCGGCGGCGGCUGCGAACGUCGUACGGCGAGUUGGAAACAACAUGAAUACUUCGGUUCUCACCCCCCUAGGAAAUGUUUCCGGUCACCUGAAUUUUUCGGAGAAGAACUCGCAGAUGUUGCAGUUUGAGGACGAGGAUUGCCACGUGCCUUUGGCCAUGGUCUUCACUUUGGCCUUGGCUUAUGGAACUGUGAUAAUUCUGGGAGUCUCAGGGAAUCUGGCCUUGAUUGUCAUUAUUUUAAAACAAAAGGAGAUGCGCAAUGUUACUAACAUCCUCAUUGUCAACCUGUCCUUUUCUGAUCUUCUAGUGACCAUUAUGUGUCUUCCCUUUACCUUUGUGUAUACUUUGAUGGACCACUGGAUUUUUGGGGAGGCCAUGUGCAAACUGAAUCCUUUUGUGCAAUGUGCCUCAAUCACAGUCUCAGUCUUUUCUUUAGUCCUCAUUGCUGUCGAACGCCAUCAGCUCAUCAUCAAUCCCCGUGGCUGGAGGCCGAACAACAGACAUGCCUACAUGGGGAUUGCUGCCAUAUGGAUUUUAGCCACAGCUUCCUCUUUGCCUUUCCUGAUCUACCACGUGUUAACGGAUGAACCCUUCAGAAACAUAACGUUUGAUGAAUAUAAGGACAAAUACGUGUGCUUGGACCUGUUCCCCUUGGACACUGCCAGGCUUUCUUAUACCACGACGCUUUUGGUGAUUCAGUACUUUGGACCACUUUGUUUUAUAUUUAUUUGCUACUUAAAGAUAUACAUACGAUUGAAAAAAAGGAACAACAUGAUGGACAAGAUGAGAGACAAUAAAUACAGAUCGUCUGAAACCAAAAGGAUCAACAUCAUGCUGAUCUCAAUAGUGGUUGCAUUUGCAGUUUGCUGGCUGCCUCUCACCAUCUUCAAUAUUGUGUUUGAUUGGAAUCAUGAAAUUCUGCCUGUUGCUACUUGCAGCCACAACUUGUUGUUCCUGAUUUGCCACCUCACUGCCAUGAUCUCUACCUGUGUGAACCCAAUUUUCUAUGGGUUUCUCAAUAAGAACUUCCAAAGGGACCUGCAGUUUUUAUUUCAUUUUUGUCAUUUCCGCUCCCGCGAGGAGGAUUAUGAGACAAUAGCCAUGUCCACCAUGCACACAGAUGUUUCAAAAACCUCUUUAAAGCAGGCAAGCCCAGUGGCAUUUAAAAAAAUAAAUAGUGAUGAUGAUGACAAAAUAUAAAGAAGUAAUAAAAAUUCCGUACCAAACUGCUGGAAGUGUGAUCGCAGGUGAAAUGUGUCCAAGGACAAGCACAAUUACAUAACAAGUACAAAAUGGGUAAUGUUUUUCUUCUUUUUCCAAGGAACUUUGAUUGUUGUCACUCUGAAAUUAAACGUUGUGCAUUUUUGCCCCUGUUACUGCUUUAAUGUUCAUAGCAGUUACAACUGAAUCUUAUUAUAAGGCAUAGUUGGACCUGCUACUGCCUAUGUUUUCAUCAGGUGUCUUUUGUUCUCUUUUCUUUGUAUAGUGAUGUGUGCUUUAGCACAAAGAUUUAUGUAUUGAUUUUUUUUUUUUUUUUUUCAAAUAAGUAGUUUUCAGGAGUGUCCUUCUAAUAUAAUUAGAAACAAUAUGAACUGCAGGGAGGCUGUCAGUACAGAGGACACUCAUCCCAGCAUAAAAUUAGGACCUUGAAGAGUUCUUUUUCUUUUUUUUUUUUUUUUUUUAAAUCUGUGUUUUGAUCCAUGUUAAAAUCCUGUAAAAUCAGUGUAGGCAUGAAGAAAAUGAUACUGUGAAACCUGUAGAAUAUGUUAAAUGGGGACAUGCAUUUGUCUCAUUCAUAGAGGCAAUUCAGGCUGUAAUUGCUUAGGUUCAAAGACAGGAUUAAGAGAGAAAUUCUGUUUUCAUUUAUGAGAAUAAAACCCUACAGUAAUUCCACAGAGCACAAUGGGAUAACUCUGAUGUUCCACCACAACAAAUGAAAGCACAAAUGGGCUUUCAGUCCCAACUGAUUUUAGCCAAUUUUAAUAAUACAGGCUUUUUAAUUUAAAAAGCCCAGACCCCAUUUUCAUUUGACAGCACUGACAAGAGUUAGUGUUGCUGGGAUGAACUGUACUGUCUGUCCCAAGCCCAUGAAUCAUCUAAUUUCUCCUUGAGACCUAUGUUCAGAACCUAAAGGAAGAUGAGACUGUUGACUGUACAGAUGAAAAUGAAAAUCAGGUCUGGUAUUAAAAAAAUAAGCUUUA